CUACAAAACCUGCGACAGGAAGUCUACCUGCAGGACCAGGAGAAUUGAAAGGUAAAAUAUUUUAUGUUCAUAUAGAAAUUAUGAUCUCCUGAAUGCACUAUGCAGCACUAUAGGCUUCUUCCCAGGGCCUUUUUUAACAUACAAGGGCAGGGAGGACAGGGCAGGGAGGACAGUUUGGAAUUGAUAAAGCUAUCCAUAGUUCGGAUUUCUUCUUGAAGUAAAUUUGGAUAUGCAAGACAUAGCCCUUCAGAAGCCUCUAGGGAAAACAGUUUAGAGAAACUGAGUGGUAGUUUAACAUGAACCCUAUGUUGAGGUUCUUCUCAAGUGUCUCAUUCAUUUACAGUUCAAGUGGUUAUCAACUGGAAAGUCAUCCCUGGUUCUCUCGCUGAGAUCAAAGCUGGCGCAAAGGACGUUGCCUGGGGUCGUGAUGGUCAAGACAGGGUGUACGCUAUAGUGAACGGAAAGUUCGAAUAUGUUGCAGAUGCGCGUAAGAUCAUAUCCAUCAGCGUUGGAGGUUCUGAAGUGUGGGCUGUAGAUAGCAAGGGCAAUGUACUUUACCGUGAGGGGAUUACUGCCUCUGAACCCAAGGGAACAAGCUGGAGUGUGAUUGAUAAAAUUCCGUUGGAGAAUGAUGCUGCUGUUCAAAUCGACGUUAGUGGUAAAGGACGAGUAUGUGUGGUGACUAAAAACCAUCUCAUAUUAUGCCGUGGUGGUGUGAACACUCUGAACCCCAAAGGCUUUGGUUGGCAUGCUAAAAUGGGUAAACUCAAACAGCUCUCUUGUGGAGGGCUUGGGUGUUGGGGAAUUGGCCAAACUGGCACUAGAGUUUGGUUCCGGGUCAGUCUCGAACAGACAAGCACUAGUGAUGUUAAAUGGGAAUUGAUUAAAGAUGCUGUAUUAACAACUGUCAAGGCUGGUGAUGAUGGCAGCGUGUGGGGUAUCAAUGCAAAUGGAUACCUCUUUGAAAGACAAGGUGUGUCUGCAGCAACCCCUCAAGGAAAGAGUUGGGUGAGAGUAGCGCUGAGUAAGCAGUUUCAAGAUAUUUCGAUUGCUGAUGGUGUCUUAUUUGGGGUAGCCAACACUGGAGCUAUUUACCAAUGUAAGUGAAAAUGUUUCCUUUUUAUGAAGUACAAAUAAAACUUUACCAGUGUUGUGGUUUCCUUCUGUCGUAACACGGGACAAUUAACAAUUAGACAACGAAGUCGAGUUGUCUACGAGCGAAUAAUCAACGAAGGCGUAUAGCGUGAGUUAAUUGUAUUCACCAUACACAACGAGGCUGAGUUGCCCAAUUGUUUUAGUAUACACUCCUACUCAAAAUACAAACUGCAAGCACAAUUGGAAAGCUUUAAAUACAAUUUAAAAGCAUGCACGAACGUUUGUAUGAUUUCUUUCAACCUUUGCAUGCUUUUUUCCUAGCCAUUUAAAGUAUUCAGACAAUACUUCCAAGUAUUCCACAAAAUUCCCCCGAAAACUUUGCAAAACGUUUUCCGCCAUCUUUUUUCUCGACCGUGGUCCGUCAUAUCAUGGUUAUGGUUGAGUAGCCAAUCAGAAUGCUGGAAUCUGGAACAGACAUGGUUGAGUGUACCUUUUUCGUACUUAAUUUGACGUAACAUUAAUUUCGCGAUUCUCACAAUUGUCAAAAAUUUACACCGGCACGCGAAAUUAAAUACCCCACUCAAAAAUCUGGGUCAUAAAAUGUUUGAUAAAUAUGAUCAACAACAUGUACAGCUCAUAUAUCGACAUAGAUAAGAAAUUAUUUAAUAAUAGCCUUAGUGUUAAGCUACAGUUUGCAUUUUGUCUUGUUACCGGCAAAAAAGAUGAAUAAAAACAUUGCGGACUAACGUAUACUACAGACAAUAUAUACCGUAUGUUAACUUGUUUCGAAAGUCGUAGUUCAGAUCUUUAUAGAAAAUAAAAUGCCGCUCCAAUGGCUUUCGCGAAAUGUAAUAACCUUUUUCUAUUUUCGCCUAUAAAGUCUCGCUAACUGCUAUUGCCUCGAAAAAAUCUCGAAUAAGGUAUACUGAACCUCUAGAUGUUGAUCAUGAUUGAUGAUUAUCUUACUAGAACAGAUUAGAACAGAUAGAGUUUCCAGUAUAAAUAUUUUUAGUUGAGUUGAGUUUGGAAGUUAAUUUUGUCUUAAUCAUUACUCUUUGUGUAUAUUUCACUUUAGCUUCACCAGUCACCACUGGACGUCUGCCAACAAAACCAGUGACGCCAACGGGACCAGCCACAUCAGCGCAACCUCCAGGAAGUGAGUGAAUAGUUCCAGCUUGUACUAACAAGAUACAUGAUCGAGUUCCAAUCCUCGUGAAUAUGUUUUUGUAUAUUUAAGCUUUUUAUUUUGAUACUAUAUAUAGGUCCAGGAUCUCUUCCGGUUGGUGGAAAUAAAAAAGUUGUGGAUACUGCAAUUAAUAAAGCUGUUGUUACUGUGAAGACGUCUCCAGCAGGUAUAACUGUUAUAGAGCUUUCCGGUUCACUCUCAACUCUAAACUAGACGAAUGAAAGUCCGAGUCUUUCGCACUCAAGCCCAAGUACGAUAUUGUUUAGGACGGCAUUGACAUGCAUAUAAUGGCUGUGAUGAGGCAUAAAAUAGUCAGGGCAUGUAUUCCUCUUGCAAGCACUAGGAGCAAAUCGGUAGAUACAAAAAGAAACAAAUUCAGAAGAAUAAUGUGAUCAGUGAUCUUGAAAUUCAAUAUAUGAAAAUUUACAGUUUGAGAAGCUCGUCUUGUUUUAAUUCAAAUCUCGGAGUCCAAGAUGACAUUGUUCUUUUGAAUGUUUUCUUUUUAUAUUUUCGAAAAUUGCCGGUUAGCCGUGGUUUUUCGACAAAUCGGAAAAUCUCAUAUGCAUUAUCUCGGUGGGACAUGCCUCCCCUGGAUAUCAAGUCCGAAUCACAUCUCACACAGAAGUCUCACGUGCGUACGUGUCACAACAUUCAGAAAAUCCAAAUCUGAAGCUUUCUCAGCUCUGUAGGUCUCUACUCUUUUAGUAGCCAAGAUGCUCGAAACACUGGUAGGAUAUCUGAGAUCUCGAUCUGCUAUUCCAUGUGGACUUGAUACAUAUCUUUAUCAUUUCUAGACUAUGAUUCGCUCAUUGAUGAGAAUGAAGAAAAGUUUGAUGGCACUCGCAUGAUAAAAUAUACAAAGAGUGUUGUGAACUUCGAGUCAAGCGAUUUUUCAUUGGCUGUUUUGGUGAAGACAACCACACCCGGAACUGUUAUUUCAAAAACUGGUGUCACUUGGUCUCCUGGAAAUGUUGCAUUCACAAUCAGUCAGGCUGGAACAGUCAGCUAUCAGAUCAAUGGUGUUGGUGCAAUUACUGGCACGACAAAAGUGAAUGAUGCAAAUUGGCAUGAAGUGGCUGUAGUCUUUUCAAGCCAGGAUAAAUC